AUGUCUUAUGCUAGCUUCGGUCCUCCAGGUGUACCUGCUCCAUCAGGCACUCUAUAUGGCGCAUCAACAUCCGCUUACGGAGGAAGCAGUGCACCACCACCAUCAUCCUCUUAUAAUAACGGUGGCGGAUCUUCAUACACUAGCUCUUCGUAUAAAAGCUCGGGUUAUGGUAACUCUUCUUCGUCCUCGCGUUAUGGAUCCGAUCGUGGGGUUGAACGUUCCUAUGAUGAACGUAGUCGAAGAGAUCGCAAAGAGUAUGAAUCUCGUAGCAGCUCCAGUUAUCGAGAACGAAGUCCUGGAUAUGAUAAAUAUCAUAACAGUGAUCGCUACGGCAGUUCAAGUUACCGUCCUGGUGGAAGUAACUCAUAUUCUAGUGAUCGCAUGUCAGCGUUAGGUUCUGGAUUAACAAAACAAGAUUGGGAUCUUUCCAAGCUUCCAAAGUUUGAAAAGAACUUUUAUACCGAACAUCCCAAU